UAAUCUUUAUCAAACUCAGUAAUAAUUCUUUUGACGUUGUUCUUAGCCAAAGUUAGGACAGUUUUCCUGGCUGAGGGCAUGAUGUAUUAUUUUAAUUGGAAAUUUUAUUUUAUUUCAUUUUUAAUUUUUAUAUUUACAGCAGCUAAUGUAACUUCAAUAAAAUUUAACUACUCUGCUGAGUCAAUCAUUGAAAAGGUUAAUUCCGUUGAUGCAAAAUGGAAAGCUGGUCAUAACUUUGACCCAAACACACCACUGUCACAUUUUAAAAGGCUUAUGGGAGUCAAAAAAAGCUCUGAAACUCUGCCAUUAAGAGAAGACCACAUAAUUGAUUUUGAAAUUCCAGAAGAAUUUGACUCAAGAGAACAAUGGCCUCAUUGUCCAACGAUUGGACAAAUUAAGGAUCAAGGCAACUGCGGUUCUUGCUGGGCUGUAUCAGCAGCAGCAGUGCUUUCUGACAGAUAUUGCAUUGCAACAAAUGGUACCUUCACAAUGCCUCUGUCUGAAGAAGAAUUGCUUUCUUGCUGCAGUUUAUGUGGAUAUGGAUGUGAAGGAGGCUACCCUAUGGUAGCAUGGAAAUAUAUACAUCUUUAUGGUAUAGUAACUGGAGGUGAAUACAAUUCUAGCAUUGGUUGUCAGCCAUAUGACAUAAAAGCUUGCGAUCAUCAUGUGGAUGGAGGUCUUCCUUCAUGCAAAUCUCUUCCACCAGUGGAAACUCCAAGGUGUAAAGAAAGGUGUACAAACCCAUCAUAUAAUAAUACUUUUAACAAUGAUCAUCGCAAAGUGCACAGAGUUUAUGCAAUAAAAAAUGAUGUUGCCCAGAUUCAACAGGAGAUUUUAUUGCAUGGUCCAGUUGAAGCAGCGAUUCUUACUUACACUGAUUUCACUGCUUACAAAUCAGGUGUGUACCAACACGUGACUGGACACGGACUGGGUGCGCAUGCUGUAAAGAUCAUCGGGUGGGGUGUUGAAGAUGAUACGCCUUAUUGGUUGGUUGCUAAUUCCUGGAAUACUCAUUGGGGAGACAAGGGAUAUUUUAAAAUCUUGAGAGGCACAGACCAUUGUCAGAUCGAGUCAGAAGUUAUGGCAGGACUACCUAUAGUAGAUUAAAGAAGUUGGUUUGCGAGACGGAUUAACUUCAAUGAAGCGAAUACAUUAUUAUUUAUGAAUAUUUUUAAACAAAACAUUGUUUAUUCAAUAUACAUAGUUUGUGCCUUCAUAGUAUUAAUUUAUGUAGUUUACAUUACUUCAAGAAAAGUCAUGUUUGUAAAUAUUUUAACCAGUGUUGCAUAAUAUAACAGCAUUUAAAAAGUAGUAACUUAUUUUUAGCAUCAUGAAAUUAAUAUAAAUAUCAAUUUUUUUCAGAACUUUAACAAAAGUUCGUGAACCAUUCCAGGAUUAAGUUAUUAAAUAAUUCCACUUCAUCUCGUGUAAAUCAGUAAAUGUCAAAUUUUUAACUAUUAAGUUAGUAUUCUGAGAAAUACCUUUGUUUGACAAAAGAAUUUUUUACUGGACUAAGUUGUGACAAGUUGACAAUCUUCUAUGGAAAGACUAAGUUUGUAGCCGUCUGUGAUUUCAAAGUUAAAUAGAGAUGAAGCAGAAAUUUUGAGCAAAAAAUUUUUAUUUUAUGAUUAGUAUGAAAAUUCGUAUUAAGGGUUUUUCGAGGUGCGAAAUACAAAUUUCAACUUUGUUUCUCCGUAAAAAAAUAUUUGAAACUACUUUACUCCUUAGGUCAGUACUACUUGUUUCAAUAUUCAAUAUCACCUUGGCGUUACUCUCGAUUAAACCCUCUCCUGGAAACCACACAUCUUCUAAACUCCCCGCUAUACUAUUUCCAUCUUGCAACAGUUUAACCAUCCACAUUAUCUUCUUCCGUUCAAAACCCGUCAACUCCUGGUCUCAUCUCUUGUUUUCUCCCACUUCGAUUACUGUAUGGUGUAUGUGGACUCUCAGGAGAACUCGAAGCUAAACUUAAGCGUGUAAUGAAGUAGUGCUCAAUACGCUUUAUAUUCGGGAUUUCAAGGGAUACGCACAAUACUCACUUUUUACACCUAGUUGAAGUGGCUUUAUCUGUCCUACCGCUACCGCCGUCAGUAUUUCCGUGCUACCUUUCUAUACCAGGAUAUUAGAACUCGGUGACCCUCCUAUAUUUUAUAGAUUCUACAAUUCGAUUCCGUCCCACCAGAUCCCGUACGUCCGACCUCUGUCCUCCUCCUCACCGAACUGUUGCGUUUGCCUUUUUAAUCCAAGCUGUCUCCCUCUGAAACUCUAUCCCUUCUGAUAUUCGACAAGCAAUGUCAGUAUCCUCUUUCAAAUCUCUCCUUUUCGAACACCUAUUCCAUUCUCAAUCCGGUUGAUCACCAAAUGCACUUGAAAAUCUAAGUCGUAAGAAUCUCAAAGUACCUCCAGAUACUUUGAUUAUUUUGUGAUUUAUUGAUAUUUUGUUUAUUUGUUUUACUUUUUAUGUCUAUUUUAUAUUUAUGUUUGUUUUUAUAUCUUUUCAUUAUCUGUACUUUUAUUUUAUUAUCAAUCAUCCUGUAAAUAUAUAAUUGUAUUUUAUGGACACACCAGAAUGUUAAUAUACAUUCUGCAUUUAUAUUUUGUUCUAAAGGGACACUAGUCCCAAAAUAAUAAAAUUAUUUGCAUUCAUUCAUUCA